CGGGUCAGUAUGGAAAUGAGCUGGAAGGCAACUCAGGACUGAGAAGGUUGUAGUUAAUUUUUGGCCAAAUGUCGAACUAAAACCUUUAAAAUGGCUGUUUUAAGGCAAGGAAGUGUUAUCACGGCCACAGUGGAGCAGUCUUUAGGUAAUUGUCUUCUGGUACACUUCAAGCACAGGUCGAGAACGUUUCGCGGGAUUUUAUUUGAUGAAAAAAACUCUGUUGUUCAAAGAGCAACCAUUACCAAGCAGAGUGAUGAUCACAAGUUGAUGUCCAACAAAAGCUCCCUUCCUCUUGGAAUGGCUAUAGUUUCUCCAUCUAAACAGCCAUAUUCAAGCUUGAGGAAUCGAAUUUACUAUAACACAACUUCAAAACGAUUUAGUGGGUCGAAUUCAAAAAGUAAUGGAUCUAAAAACUCAGAAAAUAAAGGACAUUCUCAGACUUAUUCAGGGUCAUCUGGGAAGGACACUGUAAAUUGUAGAGAAAGCUCUGCACAGACUCACAGAAAACCAGGGCAAGAUGGGCUGAAUAAGCUAGAUACAAGACACAGCUCACGUUCAUUUAGACAGCGAUGCAAGAAUGCUACCAGUGAAGGAAAUGGCUUGAAAAGAAAAGCAGAAUAUGAAUUGGAAGGAUCCAAGCCUACAAAGUCAAGAUCAAAUGUUAAAGAGACCACAUCAACUGUCAACUGGAAUAGCUCUAAACAUGUUUCUCACACUCAACAAAAACCUUCCCCAAACAAUUCAACCAGGAGAAAGAUUAUAGUAGUUGGUUCAGAGUCAAGUAAUAAGUCAGAUAGCACAGAAAAUGAACAAACACUAUUUCCUUGUGAAGAACAGUCAGAGACAACUGGUAUUAAUGCAAAUGACAUAAAUACCACAAGUACUUUAUCUUCUGUAAGGCAAAAUCUUUUCCCACCAGAAUAUGAAUUGAAGACUAAUAAUGUUUUCAUUAACGACCAGACAGAAAUACAGGGAAUGAAAGAAUGUGUUAUGGACAGUGGAAGUGACGGUGCUGUAGAUUUCUUUGGUAGUCUUGGACUUGGUAGCGCUUGCCAUGACAGAGAUGAUGGUAAUGAGUAUGUAGAUAGUAAUGCUAGCUGUUCUUCUAAUGAACAACUUGGUGAAAGGCCUGAUCUUGAGGAAGAAGAGAAAGAUAGCUUAAAGAAUGAAAGCGAAGAAAUUGGUCCCCAUGAGGAUGAAACUUAUUAUGAGGCUAAAACUGAAGGAGCUUAUGACAAGCAACAAUCUCUAACUCCCACAAAGAAAUCAGCUAGAAUCAGUGCGAAGAGAGCAAUACUGGAGCAAAAUUUGUCAAAUUAUAAUGAUGACAAUACUAUUUGGAGUAUCUGGGGAGGUGCACCAUCACAGAAAGAGAAAGAUCAGCAACAUUCAUUGGAAACCGAGGUACCCGUUGAUUCCCCAGAAAGCCUGCCAGAAAUUGUACAUGUAGAUGUCAGUGAAAAUGGCUCGUCAGCCAACAAUAUACCCUUGUGUUCAACAGGGAAAACCAAGGGACCAAGAAUGAAGCAAACUCCUGUUCGAGCAAAGGUGUCCAAUAAUGUGUGCRUCCCAGAGAAACAAGUGUCUGUAGGGAGCAUUGUAUGGGGGAAGGUCCAUGGGCACCCUUGGUGGCCUGGGCGGGUAUUAGCUGUCAGUGGAAACUUUGGAGAAGGAAGUGAAACCACAAAGCAUGCUCAUGUGACAUGGUUUGGGUCAAAUACAAGCUCUAUCAUGCCUGUUAAUGAACUACAGCACUUUGUUGCUAACUUUAAAAGACGACAUAAGAAAACUAAGAAAGGUUGUUAUCGCAAGGCGGUUAGACAAGCACAAGAUAUGCUUCAAAUCAUGGGAGAGGAAUUCUAAGCAUUAUGCCAAAUUGAUUCCCCAGCURUAAUUGAGAUUAAAAACAUCUUGGAAUUAAAAUUAUACAGACUCUUAAAUGAGACUCAACGAUGAUUUCCAUUCAAACCUCAAACAAUCAAUCCAUGAAUAAUAAGACAAGGAAUAAACCUUGUUUAUCUUUCAUGUUUUUUGUCAUAUAAAUAGCAGUGUAAAUAAUGAAAAUAUUAUUCAUCCUAUAGUUAUAUUUCCAAAGAAGUGUUUUCUUACAUACAGAGAAAUGUUAAGUGCUUGACCUUUUAGGUGUGAAUAUCCUACUUCUAAGAGAGAAUAUUGAGUUUCUGAUGUGUUAACAUUAUUUUGGCAAUACCUCUGUCUUUAACUAAGUAUUACAGGUUUUUUGUGCUGUUUGUCGUAUAUAGUUGUUGUUUCAUAUGUUAUCAAUCUGAUUUAAACUUUUAACUUCAUGGUAUAAUAUCGCAAGAAUAAUUUGGUCUUUGUUGGCUGUUUUAUUUCAACCAAGGUGACUUAAAACAGUACAGAAUUGAUGGUCAACAGACCAUGUAAAACAACCUACAAACCUCAUGUUCCAAGUGYUAAAAUAUGUAAAUUGACCAAACUAGCUUGCCCAUGUAAAUUCAACAGUUUUUCAGGAAAUUUGUAAACUAGGUUGAAUUGUUUUACAACGGAUGAAAAUCAAAUCAAUCUCCUACAGCAUGGAAUUGAUAUCGAGGUAUUACACGUAGGUAGUACUUGUGAAUUUUUUAAAUCAAUGUUUGAAAAUACAAAAACAAAAUGUUUACAUUUUACAGGAUUUAUAAACUCAGAGAAUCCAUCUGACCAGUAAGAUAUCUACAUUAUAGAAUAAUGUCAKGAAGAUACCCCAAAAAUACUAGUAAAAGAUUGCCUCUUGAUGUAAAAUAUAGARAUUUGUUGAUGAAUCAUGCAAUUCUCUUCUAGAAUUGAAAAUGAAGCCUUGAAAUCAUCAACUAUGUUAUGAAUUAUAGAUAAAAAGAAACUGAAAUCAA